CCGCAGGGUGAAACAUACGCGGAAUCAGUGCCAGCGGCUUCGAGGCGUGCUCCACCAGCGACAACGCGCGAAUUCGAGUCUUGUUGCAGUGAAUGCUGACAGCGGAAUACGGAAUACGGAAUACGGAAUACGCCACACGAAAACGGAAUACCCGCUCCAAAUACAAUAGAGCUGGGAAUAAAGAAAAGUGUCGGAGCAUUGUCAAGUGUCCUCCGAGAGCGGAAGCGGCCGCCCGAAACUAUGCAGCAGUAGACACGCCGGAAAUCGCCUGGGAGUACGUGAAAACAUCCAUUGUCAUUGCCAAAGAGCAAAAAAGAGGCUGAGACAGGCAGAGCCCGUGCCCGAGCCCGAGCCCGACUCGCCUAAACUCGACUCACAGUGUUGUGGCUCUGAUCAAGAUGCGUCUGCUACUGUUGAUGCUGGGCCUGGUUUGGACGUUUUUAGCUCCUGCCCGGGGCUCCUUUGACCUAAUAGGACAGUCCAUUAAAGAUGCCCUUGCCGAGUACACGCUGACGGACAUCAUGAAUAACAAUCAAUUUGCGGGCAUUGAGUUUGGGGAGGCCGAGGAUGGGUUUCCCGCCUUCCGGUUCCUGCAGACGGCGGACGUAAAGUCCCCCUACCGCAUGCUACUGCCGGAGAAGCUGUACGAGUUCGCCAUCCUCAUCACUUACCGCCAGAGCUCACUGAAGGGCGGCUACCUGUUCAGCGUGGUGAACCCGCUGGACACCGUUGUCCAGCUGGGCGUUCACCUCUCGCCGGUGGUGAAGAACAGCUACAAUGUGUCGCUCGUCUACACUCAGGCCGACCAGAGCAUAGGCCGCAAGUUGGCCAGCUUCAGUGUGGCUCAUGUGGCGGACAAGUGGAAUUCGAUUGCAUUCCAGGUGCUCAGCGACAGGGUCUCCUUCUACUACGACUGCGAGCUGCGCAACAGCACGCCGGUGACCCGAGAGCCCAUAGAGUUGGUCUUCGACUCGGCCUCCACGCUGUACAUUGGCCAGGCGGGCUCCAUAAUUGGUGGAAAGUUCGAGGGCUAUUUAGAAAAAAUCAAUGUUUAUGGUAAUCCCGAUGCCAUAAACGUCACAUGUAUGCCGCCCCCAAAGGCCACGGCGGCCCCAACCGCAGCGGAUCUUGAUUCUUUCCUCGAUGAGGGAUCUGGAGCGGGCGAGCCCUUCGAAGAGUCUACGGAACUGAAUAUUUUAAGCGAUGACUUUUGGUCCUCCGCGGAUGAGGCAACGGACAUCUUCGACGCCAGUGGCAUGCAGCCCCCAGGACAGACGCAGUACACGCACGAGAGACCAUAUCGCGGCAUCAAGGGCGAGAAGGGUGAGCGCGGACCAAAGGGCGACAGUAUACGUGGCCCCCCCGGGCCGCCGGGUCCACCUGGACCCAAGGGCGAAGCGGCUGCCUAUCCACCCUUUGUCGAGACAACGAGUGCGGGGGCUAAAUACACUGGCGAAUGUACAUGUAAUGCGUCUGAUAUCCUAGAAGCCAUCAAGGACAACGAGUCGUUGCGGGAGACGUUGCGCGGUGCGCCCGGUACGCAGGGCAAGGACGGGAAGCCAGGCACCCCUGGUCACACCGGAGCCACCGGCGUGCCUGGAGCUCGAGGCGCCCGGGGAUCCGAAGGUGCCCAGGGACAGAAGGGCGAGCCAGGCGUCGAUGGUCUGCCCGGAGUCGCGGGUCCACCGGGACCAGCAGGCCCGCCUGGUUUGCCAGAGAACUACGAUGAGUCCUUAAUGGUCAACUCGAUGGGCACAUUCCGAGGCACGACGCAGCCAGGACCCAAAGGUGUGUCCGGCGAGAAAGGUGAAGCGGGCCAGAAGGGCGAACGCGGCGAUCCGGGUCACAAAGGUGCGCAUGGGUCCAACGGCGCAAAGGGUGAGCCCGGUGAGCCAGGAACUCCCGGACUGCCCGGCCUCCCGGGCCAGGCUGGCCAGCCGGGCGGACUCGAGGGCCUUUCCGCCAACGGAACCAAGGGCGAGAAGGGUGAAAAGGGCAUGCGAGGACGUCGCGGCGGCACCGGAUCCACUGGACCAAUUGGACCGCCUGGCAAGCCAGGAGCCAUGGGCGAUAUUGGACACUCGGGCCGACCCGGCAUGACAGGACCAAAGGGUGAGAUGGGACCGAAGGGUCCAAAAGGAGACACUGGCGGUCGCGAAGGGCCCAAAGGUGACAAGGGUGACACUGGCCAGGACGGACGCGACGGCCUGCCAGGUCCUCCGGGACUACCCGCAUCGGGCGGCGGGGACGGAGACAGCAGUGGAGUCCAGUACAUACCAAUGGCUGGACCGCCUGGUCCCCCGGGACCCCCCGGCCUGCCGGGACUGUCGAUAACCGGCCCCAAGGGCGAGCCGGGCAUGGACUCGCGGAGCUUCUUUGGCGACGCCUCGUACUACGGCCGACCAGGUGCGCGCUCAUCUUUAGACGAACUCAAAGCCCUGCGAGAGCUGCAAGAUCUGCGCGAUCGGCCCGACGGCACAGCCGAGGCUCCUCGCCAGCCGGGACACUCACAUAAGCACGAAGAGGCCUUGGGGCCAGCAGUGGGCGAGGAACCAUACUUUUCGGCCUCAUCGUCGAACAUAAACAUGAAGAUUGUGCCCGGCGCAGUCACCUUCCAGAAUAUCGAUGAAAUGACAAAGAAAUCGGCACUCAACCCGCCUGGAACACUGGCCUACAUCACCGAGGAGGAGGCGCUCCUUGUGCGCGUCAACAAGGGAUGGCAAUACAUUGCGCUGGGAACCCUGGUGCCGAUCGCCACGCCCGCCCCGCCCACCACGGUGGCGCCAUCAAUGCGCUUCGACCUGCAAUCGAAGAACCUGCUGAACAGUCCACCACCCCCCCUCAACACGCCCACGCUCCGCGUGGCCGCAUUGAACGAGCCCUCCGUCGGCGACCUGCAGGGAAUCCGCGGCGCGGACUUUGCCUGCUACCGGCAGGGGAGACGAGCCGGUCUGCUGGGCACCUUCAAGGCGUUCCUCUCCUCCAGGGUACAGAACCUGGACUCCAUUGUCCGUCCGGCUGACCGGGACCUGCCCGUGGUGAACACGCGCGGCGAUGUGCUCUUCAACUCGUGGAAGGGCAUCUUCAACGGACAGGGCGGCUUCUUCUCCCAGGCGCCGCGCAUCUACAGCUUCAGCGGCAAGAAUGUGAUGACGGAUCCGCUAUGGCCCUUGAAGAUGGUUUGGCAUGGAUCGCUGCCCAAUGGAGAGCGCUCCAUGGACACAUACUGCGACGCCUGGCACUCGAGUGCCCACGACAAGAGCGGGUACGCCAGCGAUCUGGCAGGCCAUAAGCUGCUCGAACAGAAGCGCCAGCCCUGCGAUGGCAAGCUGAUUGUGCUCUGCGUGGAGGCCCUCUCUCAGGAUCGGAAGCGGAAGAAGCGGGACGCCAGCGACAGUCACAGCUAUGGCCACAGUCACAGUCGUGGUCCCAGUCGCAGCCAGAAUCUGGAGUUCCGCACAGCAGAGGAGUAUGCAGCGCAUUUGGACGAUUUACUGCUGUAA